AAUCAAUAUUGGAUACUUUGUUCAAUAAUUACGAUAAAAGAGUGCGUCCCGGUACUGGCAAAAUGGGGAAUAUUACUGAAAAUGAUCCGGCUAUAGUAACGGUCAAUAUGUAUUUGAGAAGUAUCUCGAAGAUCGAUGACGUCAGCAUGGAGUACAGCAUUCAGCUUACGUUUAGGGAGGAGUGGAACGACGAAAGAUUGAGAUUCGAUAAUAUGGGGAAAAUAGAGUACAUCAACCUGCCUACCAUGGAUAACAUAUGGCAACCAGAUUUGUUUUUCGGCAACGAAAAAAACGCCCAUUUUCACGAUAUGCUAGUGAGAAAUCUUUUACUCAGGGUAUACCCCAACGGAAAUAUAUUGUACAGUGUCAGAAUAUCAUUGCUCCUUUCUUGUCCCAUGAGUCUGGAAUAUUAUCCCCUGGAUAACCAGCGAUGUUACAUAGAAAUGAUAAGCUAUGCCUACACUACAAGAGAUAUCAUAUUCGUGUGGAAAGAAGACAAUCCUAUACAAAUCAUCAAGAAUUUACAUUUACCGAGUUUUAGCUUAGAAAGAACCCAUACAAGUUAUUGCACCAGUAAAACCAAUACUGGUGAAUACAGUUGCUUAAGAGUCGAACUCUUAUUGAGGCGAGAGUUCAGUUACUACAUGCUCCAACUUUACAUCCCCUCCUUUAUGUUGGUCAUAGUCUCUUGGGUGUCUUUUUGGCUGGACAAGGAGUCGGUUCCGGGUAGAAUAUCAAUAGGAGUUACGACAUUGCUAACCAUGGCUACCCAAUCAUCCGGAAUCAAUGCUAAGUUACCACCUGUCUCCUAUACCAAAGCUAUAGACAUUUGGAUUGGCAGUUGUCUAACUUUCAUAUUCGGCGCUCUGUUAGAAUUCGCGUUAGUAAAUUAUACGGCUAGAAUGGAAGCCUUACAGGCGGCUAAUAAAGCUAAAAAUGGUAAUAACUUUAAAAAGGUUGCAGAGGACCAUACAAGGUCUACCACGAAAUCAUCUGAAGCGCAAGAUGUUAUAAGUAACGAGCAUUCGCGUAUGAUCGACUUUGAAAGUAUGGGAACUACUUAUGGAGAAACCAAUGAUGGAGGGUUUGAAGAUGAAACAGAAUAUUGUAAAUGUGGUGCCCCUUUGAGUUCGAGAGAUAAAUUAUACUGCGCGAAUGGUGGCGGGAAACUUUACGGUAAUGGUUCAUACCAUGAUGGGAUGCACGAGGUCUUCAAAGGGAGACAUGAUAAAACGCAUACCUUAAAUGAUUACAAUACCCAAAGCGAAGUUUCGUUCAUGCUUCCCUCGGCUUCCAUGAGUUACGAUACCAACAAUCAUGUCAAAUCUAAGGGGAGUAAAAGGAAAUUAAAUCGGAGUCAAACAAUGAGUGAAUAUCACAUGGGGUCUGAAGAGAGAAAUAAGAUGGAAGAAGGAUAUUCUAUGAUGAAUUCUUCCUAUCCUUCAUCCACAUUGCAUCAACCACCUAUUAUUACGAAUAAAAGAUCUGGAGGGAUAUGCUUCCAUUCAUUCAUGAAAAAGUACAAGAGUAGAUCUAAAAGGAUAGACGUAUUAUCCAGAAUAUUUUUUCCGCUCGCAUUUACGGGAUUUAAUAUAGUGUAUUGGGUGGCCUAUAUGGUAUGA